GCAGACGCUGCUGGACUCCGCAGCCCGGGCUGGGGCUAGGGCCGCUGUGCCUGGACCAAGCAGCCGCGUCACCACGCGUGCACGCGCAGGUCCAGGAAUCCCCCACCCUGCAGCGAGCAGGACCCGAGGGACCGUAGCAAGCCCCGCAGGAGCGGGCGCCUCUAGGCCUCCAGAUGUUCGCUGCCAUCCAGCCAGGACUAGCAGAGGGGGCCCAGUACCCAGGGAGCCUGCCUCCUGGAGUAUGCCAACCAGACCUCCAACCAGACAAUAACUCCAACUUUGUGGAGAGUGCUAAGGAUGCCAAUAAGAACUGGCAUGGUGUGCCAGGCAAAGUGGAUCCUAUUCUGAUAAGGAGCUCCUCUGAGUCACCCUCUGAUAACCAGGUCUUCCAAGCCACCAGGCUCCCUGAGGCCGGAGUCCGCAGUCCCCCGGAGGGUGCGGAGAUCCCUGGUGCUGAGCCAGAGAAGUUGAGCGGUGCCAGCAGUGUCUGCUCUCCUCUGGAGGACAUUGGCUAUGCCAGCAGUUCCUUGAGCAUCGACAGCUUCAGCAGCAGUCCAGAACCUGUCUGCGAUACCCCUCGAGGUCCGAGCCCUCUGGAUCCCCUUCUGCCCUCCGUGGCCCAGGCCGUGCAGCAGCUGCAGGCUCAGGAGCGCUACAAAGAACAGGAGAAGGAGAAACACCACGCGCAUUUGGUGAUGUAUCGGCGCUUGGCGCUGCUCCAGUGGAUCCGGGCUCUGCAGCACCAGUUGGUCGACCAGCAGGCCCGACUGCAAGAGAGCUUUGACACCAUCCUGGACAACCGGAAGGAGCUUAUCCGCUGUCUGCAACAGAGGGAAGCACCUUGCAGGCACCAGGACCAGGGCUAAGGGUGUGCACAAGUGUGUGUGCACAAGUGUGUGUGUGCACAAGUGUGUGCAUUUGCAGGCUUUUGAGUGGUUAUACACAAGGAAGGAUGUGAGUAUUAGCUGGCAUGUAUGCAAGUAAGCAUAAGUGAAUAUCUAUAUGCUAACAUGUAAGCAGGUAUGUAAGGCAUGUGUGUUUAUGUAUGCAUGUGUGGCUAGGUACCCAGGAAUGUGUAUAUAUAUUCCUGAAUGUAGAGACAAAAGAUAUAUAUGCAUGUGUAUCAGUUUAUAUGUACAGGCUUGUGUUGGGUGUGUGUUGAGACUUACACGUUCCAGUGCUGGCAUAAGAAACAUGUGCUAGGAAUGUGUGUGUUUGCAGAGACUUAAGGGCAGGUGUGUGUAAAUGUAUGUUCAAUUGCACCUGCAGGGCGUCCACCCAUCUCCUGUGUUCCCAAAGUCUACCCCAGCCUUAUAUUCUACUGAGUCUCACCUCCCAGCUUCCUAGAGAUAGAAGCCUCUCCCACUGUCAUAGAUCUGAGGGCUGUGGCCUGUUCUCCUGUUCUGAGGGCUGUGGCUGACCUGUUCUCCUGCAGUUUCCCAGGCUACCUUUCCUAUCCCUUCCCCUCCAACCUUGCUCUAAGACCACUGUCCCUAAUGUUGGCUUGUUCCUAAGAGUUUUUUUUUUUUUUUUAAUUUGGGGUGGUUGCUUUUUGUUUAUUUUGCUUAUUACUGUACAAGGAAUUGAGCCCAGAGCCCUGUGCAUGCUAGGCAAAUGUCCUACCACUGAGCUGCACACCUAGCCCCGGUUCAGAGAUUUAUUGGCUGCACUGGCCUUCCUGUGCACAGGACAAUUUGUGGAGAAUUGGUCUCAAGGGAGGGAACUGGCACAGUGGCGGAGGCUGCAGCAGGGGUGGGAGUGGAGAUAAAGAAAGAUAUAAGAAACUGUCCUCUUAGCUGGGUUCUGGUGGUGCACAUCUUUAAUCCCAGCACUCAAGAGGCUGAGGCAACUGGAACUCUGAGUUCCAGAACAGCCUGGGCUACAGAGUGAGUUCAAGGACAGCCAGGCUACAUAUAGAAACCCAAAAGAAAGAAAGAGGAGAGAGAAAGAGAGAGAGAGAGAGAGAGAGAGAGAGAGAGAGAGAGAGAGAGAGAGAGAGAGAGAGAGAAAGGGAGGGAGGGAGGAAGGAAGGAAGGAAGGAAGGAAGGGAGGGAGGGAGGGAGGGAGGGAGGGAGGGAGGGUGGGUGUGUUGUUUUGAACCCUGUCUGGCUCCUCUGUGGGAGGUGGCGGUGGGAGAGAAUGACUCUGGUAGAACUCUGUGAAGAACAGGAGAAUUCCCAAAACACCAUCCUGCUCCACUGUGAGGAGAGGCCGAAAGCCAUACUGAGUUAAGUCUGUAGAAUGGGACUGUGCAUAUAAGCAUGCAGAUCAUGGGCCAGAUGCACCAAGGCCACGGGCAGUUGGGGGACCUCCCUUCUCUUCACCUUUCCCUCCUCUGCCUACGUCGCUUUAGCAGCAGUGAAUGUCAGAUUGGUUUGGUUCAUUUUUCAGAAUCGGACUUUCUGGAGAAGCCAGAGCUCAGCUUUCUAAGCAGUCAGAGGACAGGGUCAGUCCAGCUUCCCGAAGCUCUUAGGACAUGCGGCCCCUUUGAACAGGGAUUGGCAGGCCCUAGGGAAGGCUUCAUGCUGUGAGGUUGAAUGUGUAUUGGGUAGGUCAGUAGUUAAGGUUCUGGAGCCCUUUGUUUUGUUUCUGGGUGUCAAGGUAAGGCAGGAUCCUAGUGGGUGAAGCAAUGACUCAAAGGAGGAGCAGCAGCAGGUGACAGGGACAGCACCUGUGCUGUGUCUGGCCUCAGUCUCCCCAUCUGCAAAGUGGGGACCCUUCCCGCACCAUCUCCAAACAGUUCUAUCCUUGAUGGGAGGGUAGGUGAAUUGUGAGCCCUGGGGACUUUUAUAGUACUUGCAUGUUGAAUGUGAAUCUGGCCUCUGGGCCGAUGCAGCAUAAAUAAACUAAGGGAGCAAAUUCAA